AUGGAAAAAGAACUAGCUACGAUUAACACUGAAGAAAUCGAUCAUUCUGCCAUCAACGAGCUGGAUGCUGCGUCCAAGGUUUCUUCGUAUGUUUUGCAUGUUUCAAUGAAUUCAAAUAGGACUGCCAAAUCGAGUGCGAAAAAGAGCGGCACAUUUCAGAAGAUGGGAGUGAGUAAACCAGUAUUAGCGGGAAUUGUGAAACUUGGAUUUAAGAUUCCCACUCCUAUUCAAAGAGCCACUAUUCCCACGGCACUGAAAGGAAAAGAUGUAGUGGUAAUGGCAAGAACAGGUAAAACGAGUAUUCAAUGGGAUGAUUGUAUAGGUAGUGGUAAGACAGCGGCUUUUCUGAUUCCAAUGGUGGAGAAGCUGAAAGAACACCACCUGACUGGUGGAGUGCGUGGCAUCGUUCUCUCUCCGACUCGAGAACUUGCCUAUCAGUCCUACCGUGUGUUUAACAAAUUGUCUCACUACACCAAUCUUCGUUCUUGUAUUCUAGUGGGAGGUGAAGCCAUCGAGUCUCAGUUUGAAUCGAUUUCCAAGCAUCCAGACGUUAUUUUUGCGACUCCCGGUCGUUUGAUGCAUAUGCUUCUUGAGGUGCCCGAUUUUUCUCUAUCCUCUAGUUGCUGUUGUUAUAAUUGUGAUGUCUAUUGUUGUAAUAUUUGUAAUGUCUAUUGUUGUUGUAAUUGUUGUUGUAAUGUCUAUUGUCGCUAUUAUCAUUGUGAUUAUUUGUCACUAAACUUCUCCGAUCAGCUCUUUGAGCUGGGCUUCGCUCCCCAAUUGAACGACAUCACAGGCCGACUUCCAGUAAAUCGCCAAUCGAUGCUGGUCUCUGCCACACUCCCUCCCAUUCUCCUCGAGUUCUCGCGCGCGGGACUGCACGACCCAGAGAUCGUUCGCCUCGACAUCGACAGCAAGCUCUCUCCAAAUCUCUGCAGCACGUUUUUCCUUGUUCGUCCCGAAGAGAAGACAGCCGCGCUGCUCUUCCUGAUGCAUCGAGUGAUCCCCAACGUGCAAGGUGUGCUCAUCUUCGUCGCUACGCGCUUCCACGCGGAGUAUAUCACCUCCAUUCUGAACCACACCGGAAUUAGCACGGUGUGCAUUUACGGAACGAUGGAGAUGACCGCGCGAACCAUGAAUCUCGCACAAUUCCGCGAUAACAAAGUGCCGGUACUGGUGGUCACCGACGUCGCAGCGCGAGGUCUCGAUAUUCCUCUUGUGAACACGGUGAUCCACUUCGAUUGUCCCACCUCGCCGAAGCUCUACGUCCAUCGAACCGGCCGAACCGCGCGAGGAGGCCGCGAGGGAACAUCCGUCGUGUUCGCAACGGUGGCCGAGAUUCCGUACAUUCUGGACGUCGCGCUGUUCUUAAAUCAGCCGCUGGAAACGACGACGGAGGGGUAG